UUUCCUGUGGUGGCCUGUCAUAUAGACUUUCCUGUGGUGGCCUGUCAUAUUGACUUUCCUGUGGUGGCCUAUCAUAUUGACUUUCCUGUGGUGGCCUAACAUUUUGACUUUCCUGUGGUGGCCUAUCAUAUUGACUUUCCUGUGGUGGCCUAUCAUAUUGACUUUCUUGUGGUGGCCUGCAAAACUGCAAAAAAUAAUUAAAAAGAUUUCCCCUUGCAGGGUUCGGCAAAUGGUCAGAGGAAGAGAAGGACCAGCUGAGUAGAGCGGUGAUGCUGGUCACGCAGUCUAAGGAGGACGACGUCAUGGACAAGCUAGUCGGUAUCCCCUGGCGGAAAGUCUGCAAGAUGGUCCCCACCCGCAAUAUCCACCAGUGCAGAAACCACUGGAAGGAUAAAUUGUGUUGGAGUGUUGGGAACAGAACCAGGCGUCGGUGGACGGAUGCAGAAUCAGCUGAUCUAAUCAAAAGUGUGUACAACCUUGAUGUUAACGAAGAGUCCGACAUAGACUGGGUGAAACUGCACAAGGAAUUCUGGGAAAGGGCUCCUUCCCCAUCAAAGUUAAGCCAAAUGUGGUAUAUUCUCAAGCUGAGGCACCUGGACAACUAUCAUUUCAUGACAUUUGAAGAGAUCCUGGACCAACUCUACCACAAGGUCCUGCCUGUACUGAAGGGACGCCUCAAGAAACAAGAGGCAGCCAAAGCCAAAAUGAAAUCUAAGGAGAGCAUCUCCAGUUCAGAAGACGACUCCAGCUCCGAAGAGGACGACGACUGGUAUUAGGCGGGGCCUUGCCCCUGCCCAACUUGGAAUACCCGAAAACCCAACUUUGAAUCUCUCCUUGGAUUUCAAAGAAUGAAUCAUGACAGUUAGUUCAUCUUACUGUGGGGCCAGUUUCAGAUGUUGUGUCUUUUACUUGUCAAUCACAUCUUUGGGAUGACAUGCAAUCAGUUUUAGUGGGUGUCAAGAAAGGGGUGUUCCCUCUCCUUCCCCGCAGGAGAAAGUGAAAAAUAACACCAAAAAUAUCAGAGAUUCUGGGAAUAAAAGUUUAUUCUCUUCCCCAGAACAAUUUCAGAGAUUGAAAUGAUGAUUUGAAUAGUCAACAAAGUGGGUUUACUCUGGAGAAAACUUACUAGAACUGUUCACGUUCAGAUUUUCAUAAGACAAGAUUUUGAGAUUAAAUACACUUCUUUUAUCAAAACACUCAUAUAAUUCAGUAAAACAGUCAUAGAAGAAUUCAUCAAAAUUGACCUUUGUUGUUUACAAUGGACAACCUAGUAGAAAUUUGAAGGUUAAGAUUUGUCGUCUCAGAUUUGCACGGUCCACAUCCUUUUCAUAUUGGAACAUAUUUCACAAUCUGCCCUGAUACGGUUCUGCCGCUACUGGUCAAUUACUUAAACCCGCUUUGUAAAUUUAGUAUUUGGAGACUUCGUAAGUCAUGUUCAAGUUUAUCUCUAUAAUGGUUUGAUUCAUAUGCUUUAUGUAUGUAAAUAAAAUGCUUCAAAACAGUUGUUUUUUCCAAAAGACAUCAAUAAAUAGACAUUCAAAGAAC